AGGGACCAGGCUGCACACCCCAACCCAAGAGCAAGCAAACGACAAUUCUCUUCUCAUCCCCACCAGCGCCGCCGCCCCCCAAUCUUUCGCUGCCGCCGCCGUGAUCCAAAGGACCACCGGACCCUAGUCUGAAUCCCUUCAUCCGUUCCCCAUGGCCAACAGCAACCUCCCCCGCCGCAUCAUCAAGGAGACGCAGCGGUUGCUCAGCGAGCCAGCUCCAGGAAUCAGUGCCUCGCCAUCAGAGGAGAACAUGCGCUACUUCAAUGUCAUGAUCCUUGGACCAUCGCAGUCGCCAUACGAGGGAGGAGUUUUCAAGCUCGAGUUAUUCUUGCCUGAAGAAUAUCCAAUGGCUCCACCAAAGGUUCGUUUUCUCACAAAAAUUUAUCACCCUAACAUUGACAAGCUUGGUAGGAUAUGCCUUGAUAUUUUGAAGGACAAGUGGAGUCCUGCCCUUCAGAUUCGAACAGUUUUAUUGAGCAUCCAGGCAUUGCUUAGUGCUCCAAACCCUGAUGACCCACUUGCCGACAAUGUGGCAAAGCACUGGAAGGCUAAUGAAGCUGAAGCUGUAGAAACAGCUAAAGAGUGGACCCGUGUAUAUGCAAGCGGAGCUUGAUCUUUGCAUGAAGCAUGCUUGCCUGGUAAGAAAUUUCGUUCCGUGGAUCUGCGGAGGUGGAGGUGAACUUGAUCAACGAUUGGUUGCUGAAAUUGGAAAUCGAAAUGAUUGAGUGAAUUGUGGAUUUCCAAAUAUCCUUUGAUGAUGCGUGUCAAGAGUCUGAUGUACAUUACUCUAGUUGAGCUGUGAUGAUGAACCCUCAUGCAUGUAAAUUGUUUCUUUGGUACGUCUGGUUCCUGAGAGACAUCAGACAUAUAUGAUAAUAAAUAUCCUAGAAUGAUGUAUGCCUGCCCUUA